AUUACAGAGGUUCUUGAGAUUCCACCUCUCAAGGUAACAGCAAAGAAGAUUAUGAAAUAUUUCCUUCACCGAAAAGACAACCUAACUACCACCAGUAAAAGAGUAAAACGCCAAGCAGAGUCAAACAACACAGUAAAUAAUGUCAUCUAUGUCAUAGAUUCCUCCAACUCAAUCCGCAAAGAAGAUUUCAACAAAAGUCUAAGGGCCCUAGUGUACCUAACUGAAAAAGCCAAGCCAGAUACUCGGUACGCUGUUGUUAAUUUUGCCACCGAGGCAACAGUUCUGACGUCUACUUUUGUUUCUAUGAAUGAGACCAUAGCGCUACUUCCCACGGUGCAACGAAAGGCUGGACUCACAAAUACCCAAGAGGCAUUGCAAGUAUGCAAAGAAAAGUUCUUUGACAAUCCACGGUAAGAUUUUAAACCGUUUAUGGCAAGGAACCUUUAAGAGGACAAAAGUUAGGAACUUUAUGGUAAAAUAAAUAUAAAAGUUAUUGAAUGACAAUUUAUCUUUCUUGGACAGAUUCUCAGUGUUCCAAUCUUAACCUCGGCUCAGUCGGGUCAUCAAAAGUAUCCCAGCAUGCGAAGAAUAGUAUCAGAUCAAAACACUUAAAUUGGAGAUACGCUACAAAUAGAGGGGAAUGUAUGACAUACAGAACUGGUCCGUGUGGGGGCGUGGUACCGGAGGGAUACGGCGCAUCUGCCGGAACUUGCUUGUAAAUGGCAGAUCCGCCCUGGUUGGUAGCGUGGGUGCGCCGGCAAAGAAAACUAUCACUAACAUAAUCCAAGCUAAUCAAUAAUUUUCCUUACUUAACCUUUACUUUAAAGAAAGAAUGCAUAUGAUACUAACGAAGUAAUUAAAUUUUAAUGCCAUUUUAUGUUCAUUUCCAACUCCUUUUUAAUUGAGCAGGUCAUGUUCCACUAUUUUCUCCGCAGUUCUGGCUUUGACCCGAAAGGCUUCAGAAACCUUCUGCUUGUCACAGAUGGACUGUCAAACAUUGGUAAAGAAAUGACCCUGUUCAAGGCAUUUAGUUUGAAGAGCACAGGAGUGGAAAUAUUUGUGGUAGCUGUGGGAGGAUUUACCUUUGGAAUUGAUGAGAUCAUCGGACUCGCCUCCUCAACA